AUGGAGAGAAUAAACCAGAUUUGCAAUGAGCUCUCUACCCGGCUAGAGACGCUCCGCGUACGAAAUCAUGAGCAACGGCCGUUCUACCCCAACGGAGCCGCACGCGAUUUCUUUCGAAUGCAUGAAGAGAGCCUGCAGGAGUUAUUUCGACUUUUGCUUGGCAUUUCUGGUGCCGAUAACCUCCGUGAUCUUGUACGGCGAACUGUGCGACACCUCAGCACAAUCCUCGCCAUCGUCCUGCGAGUCCGCUCACCGGGAGACAUUACAAUCUUGCGACAAUUCACGGAGUUGCUCAUAAUUCACAAAACCCCGAUCGACCCUCCAAGACUCAACGACCAGAACCUUCCGAUACCCCUUACCGAGGCGCAAUUCUAUUUCCCCCAGCGAGCGAACGAUUUCUUUGACACUCAGUUCCAGUUUUGCGCUAUAACCCUGCGAAGGGAAGAUCAUGUUAUAUAUCAGGAUGAUUUUAGAUCUCAGUGUCCCCUCCCAUACAGACGGCAGGAAAGGAUAGGCGGCGGUGCUUUUGGUCAAGUCUACAAGGUCAAGAUUGAGCGUCGGCAUGUCAGGUCAUUGGAAAACAACACGGGAAAUGACGAGCCCGUUUGGCUGGCGCGGAAGGAUUUCCGGAGACACCAAGCUUUCAAAAUCGAACUAGACGUACUCAAGAAGAUUAUGAAACAGCCACAGAAACAUGAUCACCUUGUGAUGGUCCUGGCCAUUCUCCAGUAUGGUGACACGAACAGCCUUUUCUUUCCCUUAGCCUCGUGCGAUCUACACCAAUACCUCAACGGCGAAUACCGCGCAAACGUACCGGCCCCUACGUCGUUGGAACAGAAGAAGGCCAUUUACAAUCGAGGUGUGGCGUUGGCCGGAGCACUUGCGUUUCUCCACGGUGGAUUCGGUGGGGCGGUUUGCUUACAUCUUGACUUGAAGCCUCGCAACGUACUCGUCUACGAUGCCUACGACAGCGAAAAGGAGAUUUGGAAAAUUACAGAUUUCGGCUUGACUCGAGUGAAGACUCAGGAACACUCCAGUGCCGCGCCCGGGGUGGAAGGCGUGUACCUCCCGCCAGAAUGCGCGACGCCUAAGGGAAGAGUAACAACGCAAAGUGACGUUUGGUCGUUCGGUUGCAUCUUUUCGUUGGUGGUUACCUACAUGCUUCACGGCUCGAGAGGCGUGAGGAAAUUUACCGAGAAGCGCGGCGAGCGGCCCGAAGGAGACUACUUCUAUAUCACGCCCAAGAACUCGACUCCUCGAAUAUCGCCUGCGGUGACCUACUGGUUCGACCAGCUGAGGAUGAGCGGAACUGCCGACGACAGGGAGUUGAAGGUGAUCCGAGAAUCCCUAGACUACUUGCAGAGAAAGGCGCUCCACCCUAUUCGUGGACAAAGGGCAUCUGCAAAGGAUGUUGAGAUCGCUCUGAAGAGAAUCCAGACGCAUUUCAACCCAGAACAACCCCCAGCCUCGCCUUCUUCUCCUCAAAGCACAAAAUCGCACAAGACCAUCUCGGACAAAUUUCGUUCAUGGGUCAAGCGCCGGUCAUCUGACUUAUCGGUCUCACGACUACAGAAUUUUCGCUAUGACCUGGGAACUAAUGGGUAUGGCUUCAGGUUUUCUCCAUUAGAGGGCGAUUUUCUUGCAUUCUUCUCAAUACAUAGGACUUUGGUCUGGACCGUGUCUGAGAUAAUGUCUGCGCUAGCAAACGGUGCGGAAAUUCCACCACCGCAGUCUCUGCUAAUUCCAGACGAGUCAAUAAAAUGUUUCGCGAUGAGCUCCAGCUCGAUUUGCGCCUGCCUCGACGGAGAUUCUUUCAAGGUUUGUCAUACCAACCCUACUCUUGCACAAUUGGCUGACUUUUUCUUAGUGUUACUUAUACAAUGUUGA